AUGACCAACUCCUGCUGUUCCCCUUGCUGCCAGCCUUCCUGCUGCAGGACCACCUGCUGCAGGACCACCUGCUGGAGACCAAGCUGUGUGAGCAGCUGCUGCCAGCCCUGCUGCCAGCCCUGCUGCCAGCCCAGCUGCUGUGGCUCCAGCUGCUGCCAGCCUUGCUGCCAGCCCAGCUGCUGUAGGACCUGCUUCCAGCCAAGCUGUGUGAGCAGCUGCUGCAGCACACCCUGCUGCCAGCCCUGCUGUUGUGUGUCCAGCUGCUGCCAGCCCUGCUGCCAGCCUAGCUGCUGCCAGCCCAGCUGCUGUGAGUCCAGCUGCUGUCAGCCCAGCUGCUGCCAGCCCAGUUGCUGUGAGUCCAGCUGCUGUCAGCCCAGGUGCUGUAUUUCCAGCUGCUGCCAGCCUUGCUGCAAGCCCUGUUGCCAGCCCAGCUGCUGCCUCAAGCCCUGCUGCCAGCCCUUCUGCCUUGACCUGUGCUGCCAGCCAGCUUGCUCUGGACCUGUGACCGUCACCAGGACUUGCUACCAGCCCACAUGUGUCUGUGUGCCUGGCUGUCUGUCCCAGGGCUGUGUGUCCAACUGCUGUGAGCCCUGCAACUGUUGA